AUAAUUGUCUCUUCUCGGACAAUAGUUCUUUAAGAACAUGUGACAGAAUUUAUCUCAUUUUGCGUGUUGCAGACAAUAAUAUCAAAAUUUGUCUGUUUCGUGUUUUAGAGCUUGUCAAAGUAUCAAAUUUACAAUUGUAUAUUCUGGUGACCCCCAUAAAAGCUACCGGUAACCUGAUUGGAAAGAACCCUGGGCACGAGAUUCACUAAAGUGUCCUGACGUCAUAUCUCCUAAGGCGUGUAAAAGAUCAUUAUCAGAACAGUCAUACGCAACAGACAGGCUUGUUCACGUCGGCCCUGGGUGUAAUUUUUGCGAUGCGAUGCAGUUACAAUGAUCAGAGAGCCAAUUUAGACGCUGAACAGCAGCUAUAUAGAUAAGUUUUGGAAGGACAAACACGGAGCUAGCCUGUGAGAUUCAUGAAUAACUUGCAUUGGCUCAAAGUCAAACGGAGUAAUAAACAUACAGAUCAUAGUAUUGUCUCCGAACAAGGUCAACCAAAGACACUGAAGUGAAAUACAUGCCUGUGUUCAUUACAGCGAAUCUGUCUGCGUCAUUAAUCUAUGAGGAACUAAAUUCUACAAGUCGUCUAUUGCCGUGGGGAUGUCAAAGGUAGCGCCUUGACCUCUCACUCUCACGUCAUAGACACGGCGGUGUAAGUAAUAUGUAGACGGACAAGUUUUGUCGGUCAUCGUCCUUGCCACGUCUGCACUGUAAGGUCUCCAAGACUGUCGUCCAUUUUCUCGCGCAGCUUGCACUCCACGGGCCUGAAACAACAACAUGUCGUCAGAGGAGCCAGACACGACCAAAGAGCAGCUGAACCCGGGGAAUCGGAAAAUGAAGGUUUGUGUGGCGACAUGUAACCGCGCCGACUACUCCAAACUAGCGCCGAUCAUGUGUGCCCUGCGGGAGGACCUGGAUAUGGAGCUACAGGUGGUGGUAAUGGGCACUCAUCUCAUCGAUGAUUAUGGCUCAACCUAUCGAGUCAUUCAGCAGGAUGGGUUUGAAGUGGACGGGUUCCUGCACACCAUUGUGAGGGGCGAGGAUGAGGCAGCCAUGGCGGAAUCUGUCGGGCUAGCGCUCGUCAAGCUCCCCGACGUGCUGGUGCGACUAAAGCCCGACCUCCUGAUCGUUCACGGCGACCGUUUCGACGCCUUGUCGUUGGCAACGUGUGCUGCACUCAUGAACAUCCGAAUUCUUCACAUCGAGGGCGGGGAGGUCAGCGGGACCAUCGACGACUCCAUCCGCCACUCCAUCACCAAACUGGCGCACUACCACGCCUGCUGCACCGACCGCGCCCGCAGACGCCUGCUCUCCAUGUGCGAGGACAACGACCGCAUCCUGCUGUCCGGCUGUCCGACCUACGACAAGCUCCUGAGCUCCCACACGAGGAACUACGGCAGCGUGUUGGCCAGGUGGGCACAUGGAGCCGAUCCGAAGGAAUACAUCGUCGCCUUGCAACACCCUGUCACCACAAACAUUACAGAUUCGCUGAAAAUGUUUGAUUUGAUGUUAGACGCACUGCUGGACUUUGGAGUCAAAACGGUCUUGUUCUUCCCCAAUAUUGACGCAGGGAGCAAGGAGAUGACACGUACUAUCCGUCGACGCGGGCUUGAACAUAAUCCCAACUUCAGCCUCUGUAAACACAUUCCGUACGACCAGUUCAUCAUCCUGAUGGCUAACGCGGGGUGCCUGAUCGGGAACAGCAGUGCCGGGAUCCGAGAGGCUGGAGCCUUCGGCACGCCCGUCGUCAACCUGGGCAAGCGGCAGAUCGGCAGGGAGGCAGGUGAAAAUGUGCUGCAUGUGAAGGAUGCAGACACUAAGGGCAAGAUCUUACAUGCCAUCAACCUACAGUAUAAGAAGCAGUUUCCAAGUUCACACAUCUAUGGAGAUGGUCAUGCUUGUCAGCGCAUCAUGAUGUUCAUCCAUAAGAUCAGGGAAAGCUUGGACAAGCCCAUCCAGAAGACCUUCAUCUUCCCGCCCAUGAGGGACACGGUGUCACAGGAUAUCGACCACAUCCUGGAGACACAGAGCGCCCUGGCCGUGGACCUGGGGGGAACCAACCUCAGGGUCGCCAUCAUCAGUCAGCAGGGAGAGAUCCUGUACAAGAUGACAGAACUGACCCCGGGUACCUAUGAGGAGCGGAUGGAUCUGCUGAUGAGAAUGCUGGUGGAGGCUACAUCAAAGGCUGUACAACUCAGCUGUCGGAUACUUGGCAUAGGCAUCAGUACAGGUGGAAGAGUCAAUCCUCAUGAAGGGAUGGUCCUGCACUCCACCAAGAUCCUGGAGGAAUGGAGCUCCAUCGACCUGCGCACCCCCAUCUCCAGCAAGUUGCACCUUCCAGUCUGGGUGGACAAUGAUGGAAACUGCGCUGCACUGGGAGAGAAGAAGUUUGGAAAGGGGGUGGGGUCUGAGGACUUCAUCACCUUGAUUCUCGGCACUGGAAUUGGAGGAGGGAUUGUUCUGAACAAUGAUCUGGUCCACGGUGCUAACUUCUGCGCAGCAGAGCUGGGGCACAUCACUGUGUCCAUGGACGGCCCUGACUGCAUGUGUGGGAACACUGGCUGUGUGGAGAGUUAUGCCUCAGGGCUGGCUCUGCAAAGGGAGGCCAAAAAACUCCAUGAUGCUGAUGAGCUACUUGUUCCUGGUAUGCACCUGACUGAUAGUGAGGAGGUGACAGCCAAACAUCUCAUCCAGGCUGCACAGCUAGGCAAUAAGAAGGCAGAGAAAGUCGUGGAAAGAGCAUGUGAGGCACUGGGCUCGGCUAUCUGCUCUUUGCUGCACACUGUCAACCCCUCCCACGUCAUCCUGUGUGGGCACCUGGCACCCCACUAUGUGGACGGCGUCCACGAGGUCAUACAGAGGAGGGCUCUCCCAUCAGCUGCCAGCAGCAUACAGGUCAUGGUGUCAGACCUGGAGGAACCUGCACUACUGGGGGCAGCCAGUAUUGUGUUAGAGUAUGCCACCAGGAGGAUAUAUUAGGAUUAUAGCAUGAACGUUCAUCUGUGUUGGUACAAGUCAUUAGGAAAUAAGGACUAAACUUUAACUACCAACACUGCCAGAAAUGUGUUAGAGUUUGCCCCCAGAAGGACAUAUUAGAAUCAUGUUAACCAUGUUAAAUUUUUCUGUUUAGAGGGAGAAAUUUAUGCAUUAGAGAAUCAGGAUGGCAUACUACAAGUAUGUAGCAUCUUAUUGUUGAAUAAUAAAACUAUAGUUUACUGCUUAUGAAUCUACUUACAGUUAUAAAUAUCUAAAUAAAAUAUCUAUACCACAAUGAAUUCGACGAACGAGCUGCCAUGUGUAAGAUUAGAAUAAGUGCGCAUCCACUAGAGAUAGAA